CUCUCUCUCUGUGUGUGUGUGUGUGUGUGUGUGUGCAUGUUGUGUGUGCGCGUGUGUGUGUCUGACUCCCCUAGCCGCCUGGGAGCGGAAUGGAUUGGAUGGAUCUGAAGAGGAAUGGCUGGUUCCCUUCCUCCCGCCAAGCUGGAAUCCUACGUGAGCCCGCCGCUCUCCCCGCUCGCGCAUUGGUCGUUCGACCUCGAUCCAGUGCGUAGGGGAAUGGAUGGCGAGAUCCGGCGCAUGAAGCAGCAUGACCCGCACGCCCCCUUCGCGGCCAGAUCUGGGAUGUCGCGCCGCGCGGCGGAUCGCUUCAGACAGGCCGGGGCGCCGGCCACACGUGGAGACCCAUCCCAGGCGACAGGGCGGCCUCGCAUGUCGGGCUACCUGGACUACGGAUACACAGACGCUCCCUUCCAGGGCGGUCCGUUGCAGGGAGACGAGUUGCAACCGUACCCGCCGACGUUGCGCGACCAGCAGCGCCAGCACCAGUCAGUGCACCAGCCCUUGGCCCCCUACGAUUCCGAGAUGGUAUACAACCUCAGCCAACAGGGCCCGGCACAAGCCCCGUACGAGGUCGUGCCACCCUACCCAUCACGGCAAUCUGCAGCGAUGGAAGCCCUGUCUAGCCACUUUGGCGUUCCACAGUAUUUCCCUCCUAAUGAACCGACGGGCACCGCCAUGGAGUCGCCCUACCUGUCAUCGCCGAUCCCGCUGGCCGUUUAUAACCAUCCCGGCGCCAUUGGCCGCUCGAGCGCAACGCAAGUCUUUCCCCCAGCCAUGUCCGAUCUGACCUCGGUGGGCGCGCCCUCGCAGCCGCCGCCGCAGUCAUUACCCCAGCCGUCGCGGGCGGAAUCCGAGGCAGCCAGCAUGAAGGAGUCGUAUGCCUGGUUCCAACGAGUCUUACGAGAGGCCUUCGACCGCACGCGCGCCGGCCGAUUGGUAGAGGCUAGUCGAUCGCUCUUGGAAAUCUCCGAGUGGCUUGUGACUAAUGCGCGGGAGCUCGGGAUCCUGCGGGAUGACCAAGUGAUGCACUCGGACCGACUGCAAAUCUGGAAUGACUUCAAUAUUUGCUGGCUGGCGGUGUGCCAAAAGCAGAAAGACCUGGCCCAGGAAUUGCUGCAGACCGGUCGCCAGCCGGCCCAGACCAGUCUCCUGAGUGGCGACGCGAUGGACAACCUGGGCAAAGAGCUGAUCCAGUUCUGCGACCGGAUGGAGCCCCAUGGCUUGGUGGACUACCAGAUGGGGAUCUGGGAAGAGGAGAUUCUGUCGGUGCUGGGCCAAUGCCUGGACCUCAUCGAAGGCCGACCCGACGUCUUUCGCACGGCGGGCUCACGCUGA